UUCACUCACAAAUCACACUCCACAUAUCAUCAUUCCAUUCAAUCGCUCAUUACAUUUUUCAUUGGCGGCUAUUCUUGAGUCGAUUUUGCACUCACCCAAAUCAAGGUGUUAAGAAGAUCAAAACAUUGGUCUUUCAGUUCAAUUGUAUCGUAGGAUUGGAUACACUGUUUGCUUGAUGAUUGCAUGUUGCAAAGACGUUGUAUAAUCAAUUCAUUUAUAUAACCAUUUCUUUCAAACUCACCUCAUUGCAUGAGUUUUUUUUCAUAUUAAAACCAACCAAACGAUGAAAACUUUUGCGCUUCUCAGGUCUAUUCGUAAGCGCCCCACUCAGCGUGAGAUAAUUGGGCCUUUGCAAUCUCGUUCCUUUCAACCUGAUUUCGUUCCUGCAGAUCCCAAAGCCAAACCUAUAAAAUAUAAAUUACCCGCAACCUAUGAUCCUUAUGGCCCUAGACCCCCACCUUCUGAUAAAAUCAUCCAACUUGCUGAAAAAAUUGCAGCCCUUCCCCCUGAAGAGCGCAUGCAAAUAGGUCCCACUCUUAGAGCAAGGCUAAGACAUCCUAAAAUGCAGUCAAUUUCUGCUGAUGGGGUGGACUUGGGUGCCCAAGGCGGGUCAGGAGCUGGGUCAGCCAAGGCUGAAGAGAAGGUCGAGAAAAUUGCAUUUGAUAUCAAAUUGGAGAAGUUUGAGGCAGCUGCUAAAAUUAAGGUAAUCAAGGAGGUUCGUGCUUUCACAAGUCUUGGAUUGAAGGAAGCCAAAGAUAUGGUGGAAAAAGUCCCUGUAGUAAUCAAACAAGGUGUCACUAAAGAUGAGGCCAAUGAGAUAAUAGAGAAGAUUAAAGCUGCAGGGGGUGUUGCUGUGAUGGAGUGAUGCUUGAAAUUCGGUUGCUUUUGAUUCAGUGUUCCUUGAUAGGAAGAACAAAGACUAAGCUUGCUAUGCAAGAUCUUGGGUAGAAAACUAAUUUGUUCAAAAAAUUGUUCUCUAAAUCCAGUUUCGGGUUAUAAAGGUUUGUGUUAGGAUAUUACCUUGAACAAGUUAUGUUAUUAAUAAUUUUGUAACUUAUACCCAUUUUGAUC